GGCCGAUCGGAGAGGCUGCGGGCCCGGGGCGGGAGGCGCGGCGCCGGCCUCGGCUUGGCCAUCACCUGUCAAUAGGCUGCUGCCGAGCUCUCGGCCUCUCCGAGUCGUCACGUCUUUUGACAUGUUGAAUUGUGGAAAUUAGGUGCCAAGACACCAAGAAUGAGUGUUACUUCAUGGUUCCUGGUGAGCAGCUGCGGCUCUCGCCACCGGCUCCCGAAAGAAAUGAUUUUUGUUGGGCGAGAAGAUUGCGAACUAAUGCUUCAGUCUCGCAGUGUAGACAAGCAACAUGCAGUAAUCAACUAUGACACAGCAACAGAUGAGCACCGGGUAAAGGACCUUGGAAGUCUAAAUGGGACAUUUGUAAACGAUGUAAGGAUUCCUGACCAAAUCUACGUAACACUAAAAGUGAAUGACACUGUUCGAUUUGGAUAUGAUUCAAACAUGUAUAUGUUGGAAAAAAGUACACACAGAGUUCCUGAAGAAGCCCUGAAGCAUGAGAAAUACACCAGUCAAUUUCAGAUACAUGUGAAAACAGCAGAAGAUAAGAAGGUGGAACAAUCUGAUAUGGCACAGGACCAGUCAAGUACAAAAUUGGAGUCACCAAGACAAAAUCUUGAAAAGACUGAAAAGAAAGAUGGUGCCACAAUUAGACCCACUCCUCUGUAUGGCCAACCAUCAUGGUGGGGAGAUGAUGACGUGGAUAAUCAAGGAGAAGGAAGUGAACUGAAGAAAACCGAUUCCGUUAAGGAUCAUUCCAAAGAAACCCCAAGAAAUGAGCAGGAAAUUAAUGGAAACCUUCCGGAUUAUAAAGACUUUGGAGAUAAAUCUGUUUAUUCAUUUCGAAGAGAGCCCAGCUACUUCGAAAUUCCAACAAAAGAAUUUCAACAGCCGUCCAAGACUCCAGACUGUGAAGUUCAUGAAAUUCCAACAAAGGACACUGAUACAAUUCCAUCACCUCGAGUUCAGAGUCAUGCUUCCUUUACUAUUGAGUUUGAUGAUGGCACCCCAGGCAAAAUGAAAAUAAAGGAUCAUGUAACCAAAUUUCCUUUGAGACAAAGAAAGGCUCAGCAGGUAGAAAAAGUUCCUGUACAGGGUGAUGUACUGUCAGCAGAGAAUAAAGUGGUUGACUGGCUGGUUCAGAAUGACCCAAGCUUAAUGCUGAAAAGGCAGGCGUCAAGGGAUAUUUACAGCACCAAGAGUGAUCACCAGGUUCAUAUAAAGACUCUAAAAGGUUGUAGACAUGAAGAUGGUACUCAAAGUGAUUCGGAGAAUCAAAUUGCUUCUAAACAACAGGAAAAAGGAGACUCACCUCUGGAUUCACCUCCAAGGCAAAUACAGAUUUACAGUGAUGGUAAAAUGUGCCAGCUCCAACAUGACCAACAAGAUAUGCCCAUGGGCCAACAAGCUUUUGUUAUUGAAUUCUUUGAUGAUGAUAAUCCUCGUAAACGUAGAGCACACUCUUUCACUCAAAAUGCAAAUGCCAUGCACAAUGAUUCUUAUAUUGCUCUCAGAGCUAAACUAGAAAAACGUAAGGGCACCUCAACCUGUGAGAAAGUUUCAGUACAGCAAGCACAAUCUUUAGUGCAAAUGAGUAAACCUGCUGCUAGUUCAUCACUUCCCCAAAGGUCUAAUUCACUAAAGAGAGAAAAGACUGAAGAGCGAUUAGGCACCUCUGCUACUUCAAGCUCCAAAGGUUCACUUCGGAGUUUUGGGAGUGUGGGACGAAAGAGUAAACUCAGCCAGGAGUUUGCUGCUGAACUAUUGAAAGAAACUGCAAAAAGUGUUAAAGUCGAUAAACCUUCAGAUCCUGUUCCUGCGACAGUUGCACGUGUGUCAGUGACACCUCCUUUACCAGAGGCACUAAAAGCACCAUCAACACCUUCAACAAAGGCAACCUCAAGAUCAGCUGAUUCACCAAAGCCAAACUCCAGACAGGGUGAUCAAGACAGUUUAAGUGACACUGGCACAUACACUAUUGAAACAGAUACACAGGACAAAGAGGUUGAAGAGGCUCGGAAGAUGAUAGAUCACGUGUUUGGUGUUUUUGAAUCACCUGACUUUUCUGGAAUUAACUCUGAAAUUUAUAGACCUGUAAUCUGUGGUGAAGAUACUCCAACACUAAGGGAUGAAGAUAAUGUGUGUAAUCAAAAUACUAGCACUAUUUACCAGCAAGCACCUACAGUACAGGCAUAUCGCACUACAGCCAUUACUGGUUCUGAUACUGUGCCACAGGUGCGUCCAGUAGGCCCCAUAUCCCAUGGAACUCAAAAGUGGGUCUCAAGAUGGGCUAGUCUUGCUGAUGGUUAUAAUGGUUCUGUGCCAGUUAGUGGAUUCCAUGACCUUCAACAAGGGAAAGACUCAGCCACAGUUGAUAUUGGAACUUAUGGCAAGAGCAUUGAAACUCUAGAUUCAGAUGCAGCAUCAACAACUAGCCAGUCAUCUCGAAAGCGUCGGACUCUUCCACAGUUGCCACCCAGUGAAAAACUUGAUUCUCCAAAACCAAAAGAUUUUCUUCAGCAACGUUCUCCCCCUAGCUCUGAAUCAAUAAAGAAAUUAGAAAUGGAAUUGCGCUCCUUUCCACAGACUCAUGAAAAAUUGUUUAUUUGUGAAGACAAAGACUUGGAGCCUGACAGUCUGAGUGAUGAUGAUAAGUCUGAUGACUCUUCCCAUAUUGCAAAAGGGAAGGGUAGGAAGUAUAGAAUUUCCCGGGUUAUUAGAAAAUUGCACCAAGAGCAGACGUGGAAUGAUCAGGGAACAUCUGAUAUGUCUGAAGGUGGACCACAGGUGACUGAUGCAUACACACAAAGUACAGCCAAAGAGCUUUCAGACUCAAGUGGCAGUAAAUGCUUCUCAGAACAUGAUCUGAAAUCUUCUUCCUAUAGUAGCAUAAAAGAAAAAAAGUUGGAAAGCCCCGCUAAACAAACUUCACUAGCUAAAGUGACAUUAGCAAGCUUGGAAAGAAAGACAAAAGAACGAGAGUUUAGCUCAAAAUCAUGUAAUGUUUCAUCCUCUACAAGAUGGUCAUCUGUCUCGGAUACCAGCAAGGCUGCUCUGGAAAACACAGAUGCAAUCAGCUCCACAAGUAAAACAACUCGAAUAAAUAACAGAAGUCCCUCCCGAGAAAGAAAGAAGACUUCAUCAAAAGAUUCUCGUGCAUCUGUUAUCAGACAAGAAAGCUUUACUAAAGACAGACCAAGUAUUGAUACCGCAACAUAUAAAGUUCCUAAUAUUUCAAGCCAGUUGUCAGUUAAAGAUCAUGCAAGAACCUCCCACAGGACAGAAUGCACAGAGGACACACACCUCAUUCUGAAGGAUACCGAAGCUGCAAUGGCAGCCUUAGAAGCAAAACUCCAGUCUCAAGAUUUCCAUUUUAGUCAGCAAGAAAGUAAUUCCCAUGUCCAAGGUGAUUCCUUCUCUGGAGAAUCAGAUAAUGACACAACAAGUUCUGUAAGUCUGAAAAGUAAAAAUACCACUAGUUCUGUGCGGAAACAGAAGAAUCUCAGUAGUGCACACAAAGGGAAAACAGCUGCAUCAGUCCAAGACCAUCCACAUCAAGCCAAUGCUCGGGAACGACUGUCUGAGAAGCGCCGAACCCAGCUUCUGGAUACAACCAAUAAACCAGACUACAGUCGGCGUUUCCAGCUGAAACGCAGCACAGGAUCACGUGGCUCAACAGACUUCACAGAUGAUGAGAGGUCCUCCAGCCUUCCAUAUUUACCGAUAACCGAUACACUCUCUUCUGACCAGGAGCACACUCAGACCAGUAAACCUCAAAUGCGUAAAAAGUUUUCUGGUUCUCUGCGCAUGAAGGAGGAUUCGAACAAGUCAACAAAAUGUUCAGUACAAACAACACUGACCCGUUCCAACAGCCUUUCAACACCCAGACCAACCAGAGCAUCUCUGCUGCGCCGUGCUCGCCUUGGAGAUGCUUCAGAUAAUGAGGGUGCUGAUGUGGACAAAGUUUCAUUGGCUUCAGAACUGUCCACGACAAGUUCAACUUCUUCAAAGCAACCAACUGAUAAGAAAUUAUCACGGCUUGAUAUGCUAGCUUUGCCCCGGAAACGAGCCGGUUCACUCACUGUAAAUAGUGACACAGAAACCUCAGUGUUGAGGAGCAGUUUUAGUGUGAGAAGCGUUGAUGUAACUACUACUAGUCGCAAGUCGAUCAGUACUGAUGCUAAAACAGCAGCUAGAAAAAUUACUGCAAGUACAGCAAAACAGACAAGAGUCCGUGGUAAUGGUACAAAAUCAGCUUCUAACUCAAGAUGGAGACAACAAACUUCAGAUUACACUUCUACUUCAGAGGAGGAGUAUAACUCAAAUCACGCUUCUCCUAAACACAACCGCUUACAUGCCUCAACAGCUACCCACAGCAACAGAGCCCAGUCUUCCAGUUCAGGAAGAACAAGGCAAAAUGUGAAUGAUGUUGACGAUCCAUAUGAAAACUGGACUACACACAGCGCAGAAAUUGCAAGACUCAGCCAAGAUUUAGCUAAAGACUUGGCAAUCCUUGCUAGAGAGAUUCAUGAUGUGGCAGGAGACGGAGAUUCUUUAAGUUCAUUGCCACCUACAUCUACCCUCGGCUCCACAAUUUCAGCCAGGGAAGAGAUGCCAAAAUCAUCAUCACGGACAUCCCAUAACUCGCAGUUGGUGCAGCACAUUCCUGAAGCAAGUCUGAACUUCCAGAAGGUUCCCCCAGAAUCUUCGGGAAUUAGGAAAGAUUUGGAUCAAAAUAUGAAUGAUAGCAAAGAUCCAGAUUCAAAAAGAAGAAGCUGGAACAGAGAAGAGGUCAUACUGGAUAAUCUCAUGUGGAACUCAGUUUCCCAGCUGUCACAGUUUAUACGAGAAAAUAUGGAACAGACUGCAGCAAAAAUAAAAAUUCUAUUCCAAAAUAAAGACAGAAAUUGGGAAGAGAUUGAGGCCAAAAUAAACUCUGAAAAUGAAGUGCCAAUUCUCAAAACAUCAAAUAAGGAAAUAUCUUCUAUUUUUAAAGACUUGAGAAGAGUUCAGAAACAAUUAGAAGUAAUCAAUACAAUCAUAGACCCUGAUGGAUCUCUGGAUGCCUUGGCUGCUAAUCAAAUGCCACCAAAUUCUGCUUCAGCAAUGAAGAUGAAAGAAAGGACUGUUAAUACAAUGAUCUCCUCAAAAGAUUUGCCAAAAUCACCAACUCAGAUAGUGAUGGCGUAUGCCCACCAGGGCUCUAAACCAUCCCAGCUGUCAUCAGACGCAGACAGCAUUGACUCUGACUCUGAGUGUAAUACUCAGUAUACCAUGGUAGAACCAAAUACGGAAGAUACCAUUACAAUGCUUUGAAAGAGCAUGUUUUGUUUUGGCCAUUAUUGUGCCAGUGUGCAUUGUCAUUGUUGCUAUGUGAGGGUGAUUGUGGAAAAAAAACUGUAUAGAAUAAUGUUGUGACUGAUAUAUUGCACAAAAAAAGCUUUUUGAAAAAAUGGAAAUUAGCAAAAAAAACUUAGCUAGGCUGCAUAACACUGUGGCAACAUACAUUCAACAUAAGUGCAAAAUGGAAUGUGACUGAAGCCGAAAAAGUAUCAGUUCUUGGCUAAGGCGUGCCAUUUGAAUACUAUGUAACUACCAUGCACUGAAGAACAUACUAGUAUUCCGUUUUGCAUGUCAAGUUCAGCACAAACUUAAUAAUUGAACAAUGGCUCCAAUUAGCAACUUAUUACAUUCUUAGUUUUCUUCGCUUUUUUUAUAUCAUGAUGUUAUGAUAUAGACAGACUGAUAUUUAACACACAGUGGUGUUUUCAAUAUUGGUUAAAUAUUUUGUGAGGGAGAAAUCAAUCACUUUCCUCUAACUUGAUCUCUAUUUUCUUGUAAACAUAUGUAAUAGUUGACUAGCUGUAUUUGGGUCAGGUAUGUGGUAUUAUUUCGUCACUUCAGUACAAUGCAUGAAUACAUAAGGUUUUUCUAAUCCUCGAUGUUGAGCAGGGUUUAAUUUUGAGGGAGCAAAUCCAUACACAUCACUUCAUUGAUACGACAAUUCUAAAGCUUCCAGACAGUUUUCUACUUUAAAUUGUAACCAAUUCAAACAAACAUAACCUCCUCAGCCAAUAAAUUCUGCAAGAGCAAAGUUGGGACUUUCCAACUUUCCAGAAAACAGUAAUGCACAAGUAAAUAUACUGUAUAUCCCAUACUUUAACAUGUCAUGGUUUAUCAAUGAAAAUAUUUUCAGCUGUAUGUGCUUAAGAUACGUUUUCUCUCAAGCUGUUCUCCUUUUAACAUGCUUAUUUUUGCCACUCACAUUAUCCCCUUUCAUACCCGUCCAUGAACUUCCCACUUAAUUACAGCUAACUCCACUAGUGCAUGGCUUGCCUUCUGUACUGAUCUAACAUGCCAACAGUCACAGAACUCUUUCAUAGGGAAGAACUUGUCUGAGUGAUAUUUGAAGUUUGGACAACUUUCAUGAAGGUUUAGAAUUGUAAUAUUAGAGCUGUCAAAGUGUCGGAUAUGGCAAAUAACAAAAAAAUGAUACUAAUUUUUGAAAAGUUUCUUUAAAAUGAGAAAAUAUUUCCUGGACAGAAGCAUUAAUGAUGCCUACAUUUGUGCUGAUGAGCUUCAGAAAUUUAAUGCACAAGCUCUAGAGCUCUUAAACCAAGCAAAACUCAUUAAUAUCCUUUCUAUGAUCAUAACCUGUACAAAAAUGAAACAUGCAUUGGAUGUUUGCACAGGAUAAAGACAUUAAAAUUUUUAAUUGGUUACAAAUACCAUGAAUAUAGUGCAUAAACAACAGCAGCAAUGUUCUGUGACAACUGGAAUGAUAAAUUAUAAAGUUGUAAAUGACUAUCUUUGUAACUGCAGCACAGUUAUUUCAGUGGCUUGGUUCUUAUGAAGUUUGACUUCAUUACUGCAGAUUAACCCAUCUAAGACAAAACCAGAGCCAAAGAUCUUAGCUUUUCACUGGCAUUUUCUUUAAAUUCACUCUCUCUCAUCAGUUGGUUUAAUACAACUUCCAAAGGUUUAUAGAUCAAUUCUUGCAAUAAUUAUGCACCUUCAUAUUACCAUUUCCUAAGAUAUAGUAAGUGAACAAAUGACAGUGAGGCCACCUAUAGUACACAACAUAAUGGAUGAAUGUAAAUAUGGCAUCUGUGUACUCUUGUACUUUAUGUGCAUGUGUGUCUGCCUGUUCCUGUUACUAUGAUGCAUAUGUUGUUUCAGCAUAAGUUUGACUACUCACCAUAAAGAACAAAAGCUGGUGGCAUGGCAGCCAACAAUUAUCAAUGACUAACUUUUAAUGUGUGCAGCACCUCUAUGUAUGAUGCAAAAUCCCCUGCACUUCUUCCUGGAGAUCAAUUUUUGUGCUGCACCUACCUUUCAUGUAUUGUGUACUGUAGGUAUCUGUGAGGUAUGAGAAUUUGAAUACAAGAAGUCAUUUUUUGGGUGGUGUUGCCUAUUAACAGUCUUCCACUUGCAGUCAAAUUAUAAUUUUAAAUGGUGACAGACUAGUGGAGGUAUAAUGUCCAAACUUCAAUUCCUUUUUAAUUUAUUUGCUGCAGAUAAUUAGAUAGUUUUUUUUAAAAAGAAACAUUUUAACCUUUAGGUUUGGUCCUGAUUUGACUGACUGCUCUCAGCAAGCACACUGGCUUUAUGGAAAAAAAUAUUGUCACCUCCUUUCACUGAGAAUUAAAUUGAUAGCAGAAUUGUAAGUUUGGUACAGCAGUAUAUGAAUAUGUUAUUAUAUGUUGCUUAAGAAAUAGCAUCUCUUGUAUGUUCAUAAGUUAAAUUUUAUGGGGACUUUGCUAUUUUAAUAGUUGACUGAUAACAAUUUUGUCAAGCAGUUUGGAAGAUUCAGAAUCAGAAACUGAUAUCCAAAAUGAUUAGUUGAUUUAAAAAUAAGAUUGUUGUACGCUUACACUAAAUUUUCAUAAAUGCAGAAAAUGUAAUUCCUUCAAUAUUGUUGUACACUGUUCAUAAGUAAUGUCCUGUGCUAAAGUGUCUUAAGCACUUGUUGCUUGCCUGCUGAUACUGUACUUUUUCUUGAGUGGCACAUGUAUUAUUUUACCUGUAACAAAUUCUAUUUAAAUGAAAAAUGCCGACCAUGCAGCUUUUUAUUUCCAACUGGAUCGUGCCAUUUUUGGAAUAUUGUAUUUCUGUACACUUUCUAGCUUUCUAUUUGUUGUAUAUUUCACUUUUGCACAAUUGUAUAAAGCUGAAUAUACUCGGCUUUCUUUCAUUUUUGGCCAGUUUCAAAGGUGUAAUUUAUUUUGUUGCCUUAUAAUGAAUAUCAUGUGUAAAUUUUGUUGAAAUGAAAGCAUUUGAUUUUUAAAUUGUUUUGCACACAGUAGUAUAAUUUUAGAUUUCUAUUUAAUUUUUCCAUAGAAUGUAAUGAUAAUAAACCAUUCUUCAUAGCAGUGAAAUGUUUUUGUUAAUAUCCCUGUUAACAACUGAUGAAAUGUUAAACUGACUAGGCUGCAAAAUGAAGUAUUUAGUAAUUAUAAUAAAAAUAGACUCGUCAUCUCAAGUUAUCACACUGGUCUGUGCCAAACUGAAAUUUGACUGCUUUGAAUUUAUUUUCACUCUUAAAUUGUAAUAGAACCCUUUUCUACAAGUCCGUUUGAAUCAGAGGAAAGAGGAAAAUUGGAACUAAAGAAUGCUUAAAAUGGCCUCGUUUCUUUUCAUAAGAGUUCUUUCUUCUUAAAGUCCAGCAACUGUUAUCCUGGGUGGGGGGGGUUAAAUAAUCAUGGAAAUUUACAGCACAGAAUUAGACCAUUUGGCCCAUUCUAUUUAUGCCAACAAAAAUCCCACUUUGUAGCUCUGCAGGUUGUAGCUUUUUAAGUGUUUUACCAGGUACUUUAUAAAUGUAAGCUUCCACUAUUUUUUUCAGGAAGUAUGUUCACUUGUUGAGUGAAAUAACUUUUCUCUCAAUUCCUCUCUAAUCCUUCCAGAAGUUAAUUUAAAUGUAUGCCCCUCUAGUUACUGACCUCUUGGCUAAUGAAAUAGAUCAUUUUGUUCACCACAUCUAGGCCUCUCAUAGUUUUAAGCCAUCCCUCAGUCUCCCUCAUUCCUAAAGAAACAACCCCAGCCUAGGUAGUCUCUCCUAUAAUUCUCCAUCCCUGGCAAUAUCCUCACUCUGUAUGUUAACAAAUCCGUCCUGGUACUCUAGCUGUUGCCUAAUCUGUAUUUUGUCCAGUUUUGUCAUGAUCUUUCUGAUGCUUUGACUAAAACAGGUAGAUAUCUAUAUGCCAGUUUACCCACCUGUCUUGCUUUCUACAGGGAUUUGGGAAUUGCAUUCCAAGAUCCCUAUGUUCCAUUACAUUUCCUGGUAUCCUACCCUUUAUCAUGUGUUCCCUUGAAAUGUUUGCCCUCCCCACAUAUAUGACUUUGUACUUCUCUGGAUUGAAUUCCAUUUCCCACUUUUGUGCCACCUAACUGCAUGCACCUCCAGUGACCUUGACAUCGAUAUUGUUGUCUGUGCAGAGUUUGCACAUUCCUUGCUUGAGCAUAUGGGUUUCCCUCCUGGUGCUUCAGUUUCCUAACAUGUUCCAAUCACAUGCCGUUAAGUUAAUUAGCUGCUGUGCCAUACCCUUAAUAUAGGUUGAUGGUAAAGAUAAUCAAAGUGGAGUUGAUCACCAUGUGUGUGAGAGAGAGAGUAAGUUGCAGGGGUACAAGAAAAUAAUGGGAAUAAGAUUCUGGAAGCAAUGGAAGUGAUGGGCCAAAUGGUCUCCUUGUGCAUUGUUAUAAAUCUAAGAAAAGGUAAUCAGUCCAUUGUUGGAAGAAAGCUGGCCAUUUUAUGUUUACUUCAAGAUAAAAGUAUAUUUGUUUCCUAAACAAUUUAGGAAAUAGAUAUAUAUCAAACUUUUGUGACUUCCAUUGUACUUGUUCAACAUUUCAUGUGAUAUUUUCAGUAAUAAUACAAGCAAACUAAAAUGUAUAAUGCACUUACACAAUAUUAGAUUCAAGUUUUAUUCCAACUCAGACGUUGGACAGGCACGGUAGUAUAGUGGUUAGCGUAACGUUAUUACAGCAGCGACCCGGGUUCAAUUCCGGCCACUGUCUGUAAGGAGUUUGUAUGUUCUCCCCGUGUCUGUGUGGGUUUCCUCCGGGUGCUCUGGUUUCCUCCCACAUUCCAAAGAUGUAAGGGUUGGGAAGUUGUGGGCAUGCUAUGUUGGCACUGGAAGCAUGGUGACACUUGCGGGCUGCCCCCAGAACAUUCUACGUAAAGAUGCGUUUCACUGUGUUUUGAUGUACAUGUGACUAAUAAAGAUAUCUUAUGAUGAAA